CCGAGGGGAGAGCUUCGGCCAUGGCCAGGGUCCGCAGGCUGGAGCUGGCGGAGGCCCUGGCGCUGGGGCCUAGCUGGCGGCACGCGUGCCACGCGCUGCUCUACGCGCCGGACCCGGGGCUGCUCUUCGGCCGCAUCCCGCUGCGUUAUGCCGUACUGAUGCAGAUGCGCUUUGAUGGGCGCCUGGGCUUCCCCGGCGGCUUCGUGAACACGCGGGACGGCAGCCUGGAGGACGGGCUGAACCGGGAGCUGGACGAGGAGCUCGGCGAGGCUGCGGCGGCCUUCCGCGUGGAGCGCGCCGACUACCGCAGCUCGCACGCCGGGCCCGGGCAGCAGGUCGUGGCCCACUUCUAUGCCAAGCGCCUGACGUUGGCACAGCUGACUGCAGUGGAGAUUGGCGCACCGCGCGCCAAGGACCACGGGCUGGAGGUGCUGGGCCUCGUGCGGGUGCCCCUCUAUACCCUGCGGGAUGGUGUGGGAGGCCUGCCUGCCUUCCUAGAGAAUUCCUUUAUUGGAGCUGCACGGGAGCAGCUGCUGGAAGCCCUCCAGGACUUGGGACUGCUGGCAUCUGGCUCUGUCGCAGGCCUUAAGAUCUCAGCUCCUCACUAGAGGCAGCCCUCCAUGGACCCAUGCUGAGCUCAGGACGCUGGUAUUGGAUGGGGAGGAAGGAAAAAGGGAAUAUUUUCUCUUCUGGACCUGGGCCUAAUAGAUGACAACAGAUUAAAAGAUGUAUGUACAGUAUGUUCUGAGCAGAGGGCCCCCCGGCAACUCAUGGCAUCAGGGGCAAAAAUCUGCAGCUCAUCCAGGGGCCCUGGCAAAUUCUCAGAGCCUGCUUCCUCCCUGUACAAUUGCACACACACAGCCUGGCAGCCCCCAGACAUGUCACAAGCUGUGCUCACAUACAAGCUGAUGUCUCCCCACCCCUGCCCCCUGCCCCACCAUCUCCAGUUUAACCAGGAAGUGGCAUGUGUGGGACCUAGCUUGUCACUGUACCCAUCUCCUUGCUAGGGAGGAGUGUCUGAGCCAGGGGAAGGUCUCUUCCCACACUCCUGCAUGGCUGUCCUCCAGGAUCUAGCCUGGCCCAUACUUGUUGGGGAGGACAGAGAAGCAGAGGACCCUUUUCCCCCGAAAAUGGUUGCAUCCUUGCCUGGGGGUUGGCCAAAGCGGUGUACCCCUGCAAGGUGGUAGAGGGUCCUGACUGGCCCCCUGCCCUCUUCUCCUGAAACUGAGUAGAAGGAGUAGGGAAAGGGCUUGGGCUCCUUGGACUGACCUUGAACUUGAGAAUUCUAAGUCCUGGUGCAUCUUCUCCAGAGCUUUCAUCUUUGGGACCCCUUAGACUCUGGGGACAUCAGGAAACUGACCCAGCCCUGGUAUAGUCCUGCCCUGACAACAAGAGCCUCCCAGUAAAGAAGGGUUGAUAGCUGGGCCUCAAGGCCCUUCCAGUUCUCUCAACAAAUAAUCUGUGUGAGGUGUUGGAAAUCUCAGGAUGAGAGAGCCGUAGGCCUCGCUCUCCGCAGGCUCGGGAAACUUUUUCUUAAAAGGCAAAUGGUAAAUAUUUUAGGCUUUGUGGGCCACAUGGUCUUGGUAGCAACAGCUCAACUCUGCCAUGUCAGAAGUAGCAAUCGACGAUACAUGAAUAAAUGGGUGUGGCUGUGUUCCAGUAAAACUUGAUCUGAAAAGGGAGGUGCCCAGCCUGGAGGCCAUGGUUUGCCAACCCCUGCUUUGUGAUGCCUAUUUAUUUGCUUUAUUUAUGUCACUGUUAAGAAGGAAAUAAAGAAAAGAUUGAUACAG